GCCUUGCUUGCUUAAGCGAAAAACGAGCCAUCGAAUGUGUUGAAUAUUUUGUCGCCAGUAGUUCUUUAAUUUCCUUUUAGACCACUUUUAAUUUUCAACAAGAUUCCAUAUUAAAACGUCGCGCAAUCAAAAGCUUUUCUUCUCGAAUUUUUGCGAAUAAAAAAAUCAAGCCAAUGAACUAUUUAAACCUGAAUCCUCGCCGAUAUCCGCGUAUAUAGUUAGUUCGUACGUAGUACAACGCGGAGGUCAGCGAACCAUUAGAUAAAACUGGCUUCAUACCGUGUUUAUCGCGCAUCUAAUACAUGAUUUUCAAACCGUUACGAACACCGAAGAAGAACAACUUAAAACCCAUUGUAUCAUAAAAGAAAAUUUUCGAAGAAAUAAAUUUUCGAAAUAUCAAACAAGUUUAGUGUCGCCAAAUUUGAGUUUUCAAAAUAAAAGAUUUGUUUAAUAAAGAGGACAAGUGUAAAUUUAAAACAAAUUUUGGAUGUUUAAAGUGAAAACAAUUAUUGUUGCAACGUAAAAACAAAAAAUGAAAGAAACAAAAACAAACACGAAGAUAUCGUUGUAUUUAUAACGCGAAGUUGUUUCGAGCUGAUUCGGAGUCGUUCCGCGAUGAAUGCUUCCGUUGGUGGCGCAGGCGAUGCUGUUCGCGAGAUGCGACAUUACGCAGCGACAUUUUUAACAACAAUUUCAUUAACUCCCACAAUUUUUUUAAUACUUUUAAUAUUAUUUUGGGUAAACUAUUCGAAAAAACUAAACAAAUUAAAAAAGAAUUCUUCGCGGACGAUUCCGGGUCCCUUUUCGUUACCCGUUUUGGGCACAAGAUGGGUCUUCUCGAAACUGGGUGGUUACAAAAUGGAAAAAGUACACGAAUUUUACGAGGAUAUGUUUAGAAAGUACGGCAGCAUCGCUAAAGAGGAAGCUUUAUGGAAUAUACCGAUUAUUAAUGUUGUUAAAAAGGAAGAUAUUGAAAAAGUAUUGAAGUGUAGUGGAAAAUAUCCGAUGAGACCACCAACGGAAGUUAUUGCUUAUUACAGAAAAAGUCGACCCGAUAGAUAUUCAAGUAUGGGAAUUAUUAAUGAACAAGGUGAAACUUGGCAUCAUUUAAGAAAUAAUUUAACAUCAACCUUAACAAGUCCUCACACAAUCUCAGAAUAUUUAUCUGAAUGUAAAGAAAUGGCUCAAGAUUUUUGUGAAUUAAUCAAAUUUUCGAAAGAUUCUUCAGGAAAUAUUUUCAGUGUUGAAACGUUAACGAAACGUUUGGGUUUGGAAUCAAUGUGUGCGUUGGUUUUAGCACGAAGAAUGGGAUUUCUUGUACCAGAAGUAACGAAUAAAAUCUCAACAAAAAUGGCCCAAGCUGUACAAAAACAUUUCAUCGCUUGCAGAGAUACUUAUUAUGGUUUACCGUUUUGGAAAUUAUUUAGAACUGAAGCUUAUAAACUUCUUGAAGAAAGUGAAGAAGAUAUUUAUAAUAUUGCUUUAAAAUUAGUUGAAACGGCUGAUGAUUCUACAAAAAAUAGUGCUGUUUUUCAAUCGAUUUUAAAAGCUGAUUUAGAUACAAGGGAAAAAACGGCUGCAAUUGUUGAUUUUGUAGCUUCUGGUAUUCAUACGUUAGGAAAUACAUUAAUAUUUGUUUUACAAUUGAUUGGAAGUGAUAAACAUUUACAAGAACGUAUAAAUUCAUUAGAAAAUACUGAGAGAUUUAAUUUAAUUCGAGCUUGUAUUAACGAAUCAUUUCGGUUAUAUCCCACAGCUCAUUGUUUGGCUAGAAUAACCGCUAAAAAUUUAGUUUUAUCCGGUUUUGAUGUUCCAGCGGGGAGCGUGGUUGUUUGCCAUACAAGAGUGGCUUGUUUGGAUGAAGAAAAUUUCGAGAAACCGUUAAGUUUCCAACCAGAUCGGUGGAUUCAUGAAGAAAAAAGACAAAAAACUUUACAAAAUUCAAAUUUUUUAGUAUUACCAUUUGGUUAUGGUAAAAGAACCUGUCCAGGUAAAAGAUUUAUCGAACAAUCUUUACCAGUUAUUUUAGACGAGAUUUUACGUCGAUUUAUAAUCGAAUCAGAUCCUAAUUUUAAUAUGGAAUGUCAGUUUUUAAUGGCUCCUUCAGGAUCUGUUCGAAUGAAAUUCGUUGAGAGAUUAUAACUACUUUUUUAUUAUUUUUUGUUGUUUAAAACAUUUUUUAUCAUAAAAACAUUGUGAUAUAUUUUCGUAUGUUGUUGUUAAGAUGUGAUUUGUAUGUAAAUAGUUAAUUUUUUUUCAAUAAAUUUAUUCUUGAAAAAUAAAA